AUGAAUCAUUCUGGAGGUGAAAGUGAUCAUAACAGAAAACUAGUUCAGGUUACCAAGGACAAAAAUGGAAUAGACCUUGUUGUUCUUCGAAACCCUCGAGGAGCUUCAGCAACGGUUAGCUUGCACGGAGGGCAAGUUCUUUCAUGGAAAACCGAUCGCGGCGAAGAGUUAUUGUUCUCUAGUUCUAAGGCAGUCUUUAGUCCUCCCAAACCGGUUCGAGGAGGAAUUCCAAUCUGUUUUCCACAGUUUGGAAACCGUGGAACACUAGAGCAACAUGGAUUUGCAAGGAAUAAGACAUGGGUUAUUGAUCAAAAUCCUCCUCCGCUUUCCGCUGAUUCUAAUGGAAAAGUUUGCAUUGACUUGCUGCUCAAACCAUCUGAAGAUGAUAUGAAGAUAUGGCCACAUAGCUUCGAGUUUCGCCUAAAGGUCUGUUUGACAGUAGACGGUCGUCUGAUCCUGAUUUCACGCAUUAGGAAUAUCAAUGGCAAGCCUUUCAGUUUCUCCUUUGCAUUUCAUACAUAUUUAUCCAUCUCUGAUAUCAGUGAAGUGAGGUUAGAAGGGUUGGAAACUCUUGACUACCUCGACAACUUAUGCCAAAAGGAACGAUUUACAGAACAAGGAGAUUCUUUGACAUUUGAAUCUGAGGUGGAUCGAGUUUAUCUUGAUUCCUGCGAUAUGGUAGCUGUUCUAGAUCACGAAAAGAAGCAAACCUUCGUGAUAAGAAAGGAAGGUCUUCCAGAUGUUGUUGUUUGGAAUCCUUGGGAGAAAAAAUCCAAGUCAAUAGUAGAUUUCGGAGACGAAGAGUACAAGCAAAUGCUCUGCGUAGAUGGCGCAGCGGUUGGAAAUCCGAUAACCUUAAAACCGGGAGAAGAAUGGACCGGCCGCUUGGAGCUCUCGAUUGUCCCUUCUACAUGA